UGCGUGGAGAGACCUAUUGGUAGAUUCAACAGCCACCAGGUGCAAAGACAAAAGCAUUAUCUGGUAGGAGGGUGGGGGCUUCUAAACACCAUGGAUUUAGACGAUGUCUGGGUGUACCUAGGCGACUUUGGCCGGUACCAGACCGUAGCAUUCAUCUUAAUAACUCUGGUUGGAACAUGGCUACCGGCUUGGCAGACCUUCGGGGUUAUUUUCACCACCGAUCAGCCACCGUUCCACUGCCGGGCUUCACCGGGGUUUACAUUGGAGGAGAGUGUGCCCCGCAUGGUGGACCAGAACGAGUCAUUCGCAGAGUGUUUGAUGUACGCUGUAGAAAAAGGUGAAAACGGCACGUCGUUCAUCAAUACAAGUAUCCAAGUGGAAUGUACCAAUGGAUACGAGUUUGUUUCGCAAUACGACGAAAACACCAUCGUUAUGGAGCUGGACCUUGUCUGUAAGGACAACAUCCUCCUGAGUACAGCACAGUCUAUUCUAUAUUUCGGCGUCUUGACAGGAGCGUUUGUCUCCGGACAGCUCUCGGAUCUCAUCGGCCGUAAGACGGUGCUCCUGGCCGCCGUGUUUCUGCAAGCCAUUGUCGGUAUCAUUAUCUACUUCAUCUACGUCUACCACUGGUUUGUGGUCUUGUUAUUUUUCAUCGGGAUGUUCGAGGAGGCCAUGUGCUUGUCGGAGUUUGUCCUGGUUAUGGAGAUGUUCUCCCCGAAGAUGCGAACCAUCGCCGGGUGCGUCAACACCAUAGCUUGGGGUGUGGGUGUGGUCCUACUAGCUGCAAUCGCGUACUUCAUACGUGACUGGAGGAAAAUGCAGCUGGCCAUCUCACUGCCUUGCCUGAUCGCGAUACCACUCUGGUUCAUUCUUUACGAGUCCGUGAGGUGGCUUUUGUCAAAAGGACGUAACAAAGAAUCGUUCAAAAUCCUCAACAAGAUCGCCAGAGUGAAUAACAUCAGCCCACCUGCAGAUGGAUUCGUACUUACCCUCGGGGACAAGACCAUUCGCGAAUCGGCACCUAAUGUUGUCACCUCUAGCUCCAGCGCCUCCAGCCCAGCCACGCCUUUGCUGAUCGUCGACAAACGGAAAACGUACACGGUGAUCGACAUCUGUCGGAGUCGGAUAGUCCUAAAGAACUUGGUCAUCAUGAGCUUAUCGUGGUUCGUGAACACCAUGGUGUACUACGGCAUGUCAUUGUACAGUUCCAACCUCGCAGGAGACAAAUAUCUCAACUUCUUGUUGUUGAGCGUUGUGGAGAUACCAGGUUUUGCCGUCCCUUUGUUCACGAUGAUGUGGUGGGGUCGUCGACCGUCGUUGGUAUUAUUUCACAUACUCGCUGGUUUUGCUUGUGUAAUUACGGCUUGCCUACCACGUGACACAGGUGAUGGUUCUGGUUUUGCCAUCCCUCUAAUUGUGCCAGCAAUGCUUGGCAAUUUCUGCAUCUCGUCUAGCGUUUCCGUAACUUUCGUAUAUGGAGCGGAGAUCUUCCCAACCCCUCUCAGAAGUAUUGGGUUUUGUAUUGUGUCAAUCUGCGGUCGUGUAGGAAGCAUGCUUGCACCUUUUAUUAUCUAUCUCGAAGAAUAUUCUUCUUACCUGCCGCUCAAUAUAUUCGGAGGGUUGUGCCUCAUUGCGGGCGUCUUGGUUCCGCUGCUUCCGGAGACGAGAAAUAAACCCCUUCCGGAGACAAUUGAAGAUGCCGAGAAACUGGGAGAGACUCGACCAAUCAAGAGUGAACUGAGCAAAGGGGGCGUGGCCGAGGACGCGAAACCAACCAAUGGGAUCGUCAAUAUAGCUCUGGAAGACAGCGAUUGGUUUAAUAAAUGAUUUCAAUGGCCUGCCCAAUGCAUAGUUUAGUCUACAUACACGAAAUACAGGGUUUAAAUACGACACAUUUAGCAAUGCCAUUAGCAACAGUGGUAGCCACAGCCGCUAUUAGUCAGACAUGGCUUAAAGUGUUGUGCACACAGAUUGCACUGUCCAUGCAAUGAACUAGACUUGACUCAAGUUCCGGUUCCCUGCCCUCGCCAGAAAACUAUUGUUUAGGGAGCUCUGCAUUACCUAGACUGAGCUCCUGUCUGUAUUCGCAAGGAAGGAUAAACACGAGCCUCGGGAAAAAAAAUCACCCUCUCGUGGUGACGUCAGUGCACCUGGGGCAAGCCCCAGUGGAUCGCUUGUACAUCGGGUCACUUGCUGGCACGAGGUGCACUGACGUCAUUAUGAGAAGGGUAGGUCAAGUCUUUGAACAUUAUUUAUACGCUUUACAAGCACAAUAGUGAAGUAUACAAAGUUACUGGAAACAAGGGUGGUAUUAUUUUAAUAACAGUUCUUUUAAAAGGCAUUCAGGAUACUAUUGGUAUU